UCUAUCAGGUGUUUAAUAUCUACAGAUGUAUAAUUAGGGCCUAAGACCUCUUCAAUUACUUAGAAGCUAAGGCCACUGUACAUAGUCUAGUUACCGACCUACCUGUACCGCUGGUCGGUUACCUUGGAUUUACUGAAAAUAUCGGGAUGGAUUUGCAAGCAAUUGUACGUGGAUUUAAUUGUCCGAUAAACGAAGAGCAGUCGUGGGCAAUCUCUCAUCAAUAUGCCAAACAAUUCGAAGAACUACCACACGUUGAGGAUUAUCCAUUAGCUAAUACGUUGGAAUCAAUAUAUAUCAAUAUCGACGGAGAAAUAUCAAUUAGAAGCACUGAAAGAACUAAAAGCGAACGGGAGAUGGUUGAAUCAUUCGGAGGAGUUGUGUUCGAUGCUCUGCAAUACGGAACCACCGAAGAUGAAGAACACCCUCUUUCAUGCGAGUUGGAAAGGCUUGUUAAAAGAAUGGUAUAUACCUACGAAGGCGUUCUUUCCGAGGAAGUCGAUGAAGGAUAUGAAGGAGAGCAUCGAUCAUUGGAUCACGGUCCAUGUACAUGGGAUGUUGUAAAAAAGAUAUGUGCAGAACACCUCGAGCAACCAUCUCAAGCUGAUGAUCAUUAUCUAGCUGUAUGUCGAGCUCUCAUUAGUGAAUCGCUGGAUUUGAAAAGGUUUUUGAGUCAAUUGUCUUCAAUUGAUGAAACUUUAAGAAAUCUGUCAAAUGCAAACAACAACAAUGGAAACUCGGACGAAUGUGAUGAAGCCGACGAUAUUCUCAAGUUAAAUUCAACCGAAUGGGCACAUAUAUGGACUCAAGUCGUCAGUGAUCUACGGUUCGGUGUAAAACUACGAAAGGUCGAAGGUCACGAGAGAAACAUCGAAUACGAACUAACACCCUACGAAAUUCUUAUGAAAGAUAUAAGGCAAAGAAAAUAUACUUUAAAAAAGAUCUCUAUUGACGGAGAAAUAUCAUCUAAAGUAAAGAGCAACGCCCACGAUAUUAUUUUGGAUUAUAUUAAAUCAGGGCCAACGCUCAAUCCGAUUGAGGAACGGAAACUUGGUCCUGCGCCUCCUCGUUCAAAGUCCUUACAUGAACGACUGAUGGAAGAAAUUCAGGGUCCUGUUUCGCCUCUUCGACGGGUUGGAAUUCCUCGUGACUCGCCUAUCCACAAGUCCCUUGCAGCCAUGAUGGAACCCGAAUUUCAACACACAUCUAUGGUGACUUCGAAAUCGUGCGAAUUUGAUAGUAGCAGAAAAGUAAAAUCGGACAUCAUCAAAAGACGACUCGCAGCACCAACGCUGGAGGAAAUAUUAAGAAAUAACGUAUCCACAACCACAACAGAUGAUGAGACAACCCCAACUUCAGAAGACGACAGCAGUAGCUUUGCAAUCGAUUCAAUUGCGACAGAUGAUAUGAGUACUACCUUCAAUGAUGAUUCAAUCACAUCACUUUUUGAAAGACAUCAUCCGAAGUCAAGACCGUGCUCUCUGCGAUCUUCUGGUACUUCUGGCGUGUCGUCCGGAGUUUUAGAAGAACCAGAAGCAACAAAUUUGGAAAAUCACGGCAAAUUCCAACGCAACACUACCACUGUGAGACGGAAAAAAGUUUUAUCAGUAGAUCUGCCGAGUCCGAUUUUGAGCACCACUCCCGGUUCAUCAGUAGAUCCAGCACAUUAUCACAAAUACUCUUCAAGAAAUGGCGUCCGUCGUGCCACCAGUAUGUGUGCCCCGCGUACUGGCGCUUUGGACGACCGUCGCGUGGCAUGGCGUGAAAGAUUAACAGGUCCAUCACAAAAAGUUAUCUUCGAGGAACGUGAUGAUCAUUUGUUCCCACUACCACCCCCAGCGGGCUCAAGUUCUCCUCUAGCGAAAAGAGAAAAAAGAGGCAGCUGGGAGUUCACCACACAGGGUAUGCGUGGAUUACAACGUACUUCUUCGGACAGACGUCCACAUGGACCAAUGAUGAUGCAUGAGAGACUCAGCUACCCUGUGGAAUGUGUUGGUUUAACUGUCGAAGAAUUGAUGCAUAUACGUGAGGUUUUAACGCGAGCGGAAUUAGAAAAAUAUCAAGGCCAGGCGGAAUUGUAUUGCAAUUUGAAAUUUGGAAAAGUGUGUUUCAAUUGUCGUAUUCGAAAAUUUUCUUUGUUCUGGUGGUCCUUCUCUUGUCAAAUAUGCAAACGAAAGAUUUGUUCGAAGUGUAUGCGGAAGGUUCGCACACCAACGGAUGAGUAUUUACAUACACCCGUGUACACCUUGAGUCCACCAGUUAAUCCGCUAGGCCCUUUCAAAGCCGCAUUCAAUACGGAGAACACCAAACCACAAGCUACAAGGAUUUCAUCAAGUACAUCAUCAAAUGUCCUUCGAGAGAAAAAUGGCGUUUAUGAUUCUAACCAAAAGCGCGCCAACUUGCAACAACAGGAGUCUUCGUGGGGGUUGGGAUUUAAAUCACGAAAAAUGGACGUUUGCGAAUCUUGUUGUGAACUAAUAUCACGAAUUGUUCACACAACUCGAAUUGCAACGAAUCACCGCACACCGAGACCGACGUGGUUGGAUAACUCAAAUAACGGAGCUUGUGCUUCCAAUAAUUUUGAGCGAUACAUGUUCGCGCGCCCUUCACCAGCCAACCGUUUCCUCAAGAGAUCAACAUCUUCAGUGACCAUGAGGACUUCAUACCUUCAGAGGCCGAUGGGGUCGUCAUUAAGCACGCAAAAUUUCAGAAGACUGAACAAUGGUGUUGACAACAUCAGGGAAAUCAAUGCUGAUGAUUAAGUUAUUUCAUUGAAGUGUCGGCUGAAAAUAGUUUAAAAUGGCUUUAAGGCAGCCAUCGGUCAGUCCGGAUGUGUCCAUGUGACUAUAAUGAUAUUAUUCGUCUUUCUGUCUCUAUUUUUCUUAUACUGGUGUAUUUAGUCAAUCAUAUAUAUACGACAUUUUACCAUUUAGUGUUUUCCUUAUUCCAUGAAUUUCAUUCAAGCGUACUGUACUAUUUUCCCUCAGAUAAAAAUUAAAAUAUCAAAAUCUUCUGAAAUCUGGAUAAGGCCGUUCCACUCCAACUUCAUUUUGUCAACAGAGUAUACGCGCAGAUUAGCUGGUCUGAAUUGCGACGCAAUUAAACUUUGGAUACAUUUCAUUGUUUCUGUAUAUAUGCCAUCGCUAUCCGAUGGGAUUUAUAAUUCAUAUUCGUAUAUUUAUUUUAAUUUUGACCCAAAUAUGAAUUUAUAUAUAUAAGGCUAAUUUCACGAGAAAGUAUAUAUGCUAACGUAAUCAGCUGGUAGCCUGCUGCUGCAUUGUUCUGUUGAUUAUUUUUCAAUUCGAUUUCCUUGUUUUAUUUUUGCUUUCGUUUCGUUUGUUGAAUCUAUUGUAGACAUAUGUUAUGUUCUGAUUUUAAGAGAUUCGUGAAUGAUGGGUGACAUGUUUGUUUGGACUGAAAUUUCGAGUCUUUUAAUAACAUAAAAAUGAAAGCUUAAACAAUGCAACACAUUUUUACUGUCCCUUCACUGUUAUUUCAACUAGGUCGCAUCAUGUUCAAUAAAAAAUUCGCAUUCGCAAUAUCUUUUGGGCUGAGGCCGCGAAGGCGAAAUCGGUGCGGAGACGACCAAACUAACCCGAACCGAGUCCGCAAAUUACCAACUAAGUUGAAUUUUGGCAUAUUGUUGGGUGUUGAACUGUUCAUUUGUAAAUUUGCCCAAAGAGGCUUUUCUUAAAAUCAAAGUUGUUGCCACGGUAGAAUCACUGUUUUAACCGAUGGUGAGUCACUGCGAUUCCCAUCUUUCAAUUAACUCCAUGAUAAAAAAAAAACAUCUGGAGCGGGGAGUGACCAUUGUUAGAUAUUGAAUAAAGCACAGCAAGCAGAUAAUUAUAUAGGGAUACAGAAUCAAGUUUGCUUUGCCGAAAAAAAUCGUCGGAUGAUGGAAUAAAAUAUAUGCAAAUUGCCAAGGCCGUAACUGGAGCGAUGUUUGGUUAUACCGAUCCCGACGAAAUUGACUGCGGCGUUCUGACACACUUUCUAAUUCAGUAUUAAAUGAGAAAACAACGGACUUUGUUGUAAGUCGCACACAUCAGCGGAUCUUCGUGCCUAUAUAUUUGACCAUUGCGGUCUUCACCAAAUAUGAAUUACGUACAGUAUGCAUAUGCAAUAUAUACAUCGUGCCGAGUCCACUAAACGCGCACGUCAAACUGCGGUAGGGAAUAAAUAAACGUAGAUAAGAGAAUGACCACGACUGGAUAGGAAGUUUUUUAAGUGACCCGAUCGGGGUCCACGGUGGUUUUAAUGAAGCCGUACAUGGUGCGAAAUCAAAGUAACGAUAACUAUCCAGCUUUUAAAAUACGUGAAUCACUGAAAGCAUGAUAAUACCCUUAUACCUUUGACACAUUAAGUAUAAGUUAUUCAUAGAAUCCCCUCAAAAUAGCAAAAAGUGCAUUGCUUUUAAGGUUUUUAACUGUUGAAGAACGCUUAUUUCUGUUUUCUUUUUAUUAGCUGAUGCCUUUGCUUUAUUUGCAUUCCUGGCCUUGAUGACUCUAACAGCAACAGUCUGUCGCAUGUCGCGGACGACGAAACGAUCUCAGUAUAUUUAUUCAAAUAUACUUUUCAUUUGGAUGAAAGGGUUGACGCAUAAUAGUUAUAAUAAUUUUUCUGUCCCAUCUCAUACCAAUUUAUC